AGAGGUUCCAUGCACUGGGGGCAAUUGCUCGUGUUUUGUUUUGGUUGCUUAACAAAUGGAUUGUGUCCGGGAGCAAAUUGCUUCCAGGCCUGCUGAGCUAUGGCGCUACCUUUUGUGGGGAUUUUAGCGGUCUAGUUGGUAGCCAAUCGGAUGCAAAUUGCUUCCGGUUGUUGGCUGCCGCUUCCACCAACAGCCCAAACUACGCUCGUUCAAGCUACUAGGGAGUACCCUAUUUCUAGUUUACCUAGCUAAGUUCUUUGUUGGUCUUUCCUGGAAUCCUUGACUAACUGUCUUUCAUUUUUUUUAUUUUAUUUUUUUAUUUUAUUUUUAUUUUCUUUUCUUUUCUUUUUUUCGGUAUAAAGCAGGCUUCAAGCCCACCACCUUUCUCUGGUAGUUCCCGAACUUCAGUCUCCUUAACUAGUUCACACACAACAUCGUAUUUCACCCCCGAGACAAAGGAUCUUUCUCUCUUACAGUCCACAACAUCUCAUACAAUGGCUAUUGUCGCUGUUGCAGGCGGGACGGGCAAUAUUGGCCGCGCCAUCGUCGAAGCUUUGGUUGCUACUGGAAAGCACAAAGUCAAAAUCCUCGCACGCAAGCCUAACGCUGAAGUCGAGGCUCGGGUUGGCGUGCCUGUUAUCGUAGUCGACUACGACAAUGUUCCGGGUUUGACCAAGAUCCUCGAGGACAACAAGAUCGACACAGUCAUCUCGACCAUCACCAUGAUUCCCAUGGACGGCAGCUCCCCCAAAGAGAUCCAGCUCAUCCAGGCAGCCGACGCAUCCAAGACCACCAAGAGAUUGAUCUCCAGCGACUGGGCUGCUCCAGCCCCUUCUGAUAACGUCGGCUCGCUCCCUUCAGUCAUCAACAGGCUGGCUGCAGAGAAGGAGCUCGCCAAGGUUUCCAAUCUUGAGACGACGCACAUCGUCAACGGCUACUUCCUCGACUUUUUCACGUCGCCCGUCGUCAAGUCUUAUCUGCAGCAAAGGACAUUUUUCAUCGACAUACCCAACAAUGUCGCCGCCAUCCCAGGUAGCGGCGACGUCUCCGUCGUCUUCACUCACUCGGCCGACAUUGCAAAGUUCACUGCCGCCAUCCUCGACCUCGAGAAGUGGGACCCUGUGAGCUAUGUCAUUGGCGACAGGGUUACUCUGAACGAGUUCCUCCGCUAUGCCGAGGCGGCUAAAGGAGUCAAGUUCGACGUCACCUACGAUUCAGUCGAGACGUUGAAGACGGGCGUCGUAACGGAGCUUCCCUCGUACCUGCCAAUGUACCCCUUCUUCCCGAAGCCGGCCAUGCUGGGGUUCCUAGCCACCUUUGGCCAGUGGUUUGAGGCAGGCGUGUUCGACAUCAAGCCGGAGCGAACCCUCAACCACCAGUUCCCGCACAUCAAGACCGGGAAGGUCAAGGACCUCCUCGAGCAGGCCUGGAAGACAACAUGAGGGUCUGGAGGAGACCGAGUCUCUUAUGCCGCGGUGAGUAUCUAGCUAGAAUUUGGAGUUGAAAUUACCAUGACGAUGAGCAAACAUAGAGAUGAAUUUGAGUAAAGU